AUGCCGGCUCCUCGGCGUGCUUCCGCUCGCGCUGCUGCGACAAAUCGCAUCCGUGGGCCGCAGUCGGCACUCACGGACUUUCUUGCAUCCCACAACAUAUCGGCCGCACAGAUCCAUGCAGACUACGAGCGACGCUUGCAAGAAUCGGUGCGUGCCCAGGAAGAAGCGGACAGGAACAACAGCAAUCAAGAAAACGAGGAGGAAGAUGACGACGAGGAUCCAGUGGAGCGCAAGAAGCGCAAGCGGAGAGAGGAGAAGACGUUGAUGAAGAUCAAGCAGAGCAAAGAGUUCAAGAGACGCAAGUUCGAGAAUCAGCAGGAUAACAUCAACGAGGACGAUGACGAGAUUGCGCGGAGCAUGAUGGCGAGCUCGAAGCCUCUGCCGGGACAAUUGGACAAUUGCGAAAUAUGCGAAAAGCGGUUCAUUGUGACGCCAUACAGCAAGACCGGACCGAACGGCGGACUCUUAUGCGCCAAGUGCUCCAAGGAACUCAAGGACGAGGAAAAGAAAGAGGCCCAAGCCAACAAGAAGAAGAAAGCGGUUGCUCCACGUGGUCGACGACGCCAAACCGAGAGCGACCGGUUGAUGGGAGACGUCAAGCCAGGCGCAAAGACUCUGGUGGACAUGUGCGUCCGACGAGUGGCCAAUGUGGUGCACGACAUCGAAGAGUUUGGCGACAUGCCACAGAACCUGUUGGACCGAUUAAGCCAGAUCCUCUCGAAGCAGCGGGUGAUGACGCCUCGGGUGCUCGAAUUGUUCUUGCGGCCCGACAUUGACCGCAUCGACAUCUACGACUGCGGCAAGCUCGAGGAAGAAGACUUCCAGAAGAUUUUUGCAUACAUGCCCAAUGUCGAGUUUGUCAACCUGCGGUUUGCCGGUCAAAUGAAGGACCCGCCGCUGCUGUACAUGGCAGACAAGUGCAAAAAGAUUCGUCACCUGCAGCUCGGGGCAACCAACCUGGUUUCAGACGCCGCUUGGCUGACUAUGUUUCGAGAACUCGGCCCGCAGCUCGAGAGCUUGAAGUUGUCGGAGCUGAACGACGCUCUUGGGGACGACAUCGUCAAAGAAGCCGUGAAACACUGUUCGGGUCUGAAACGACUGAAACUUAGGUCGUGCUCGCACAUGGGCGAGGCGUCGAUUGAGGCUCUAUGCUCGCUCCACAACCUCCAACACCUGACACUCGCUAUUGCCCAGCAGGAGACAUCGGCUGCCACACUGGUCAAGCUGGUUGAAUCGCUUGGGCCGAACCUCCGCACAUUGUGUCUUGAAGACUAUGCGGAACUCGACGACACUGUCCUGGAAGCCAUCAAGACGCAUUGCAACAAGUUGACCAAACUGCGGAUUCGAGGAAGCAGCCUCUGCACCGACGCCGCCUUUGCAAGCCUGUUUGACAACAAAUCGCCUUUCCCGUCCUUAGUCUAUGCCGACCUCUCCGACAACCGGGACAUGGACAACAUGAACCCCGAAGGCCCACAGGACAAUCCAGUCGGCUUUGGAUCCGCAGCCCUGAUCUCGCUCAUGCACCACUCUGGACCACGCCUGGAACGUCUCAACCUCAAGGCCUGCCGGCACAUUUCUCACUCAGCCCUCAUGGACGUCUUCGACGGCGUCAAGCAGUAUCCGGCUUUAAAAGAUGUGGAUUUGUCAUUCGUCACCCAGGUCGACGAUGUGGUCAUGAACGGUAUCUUCAAGAGCUGCCCGGCCCUCGCGAAGCUCGCGGUCUUUGCUUGUUUCAAUGCAAGACAGGCCAGGAUACCUGCCGGCAUUGCUGUGGUCGGUUUGCCCAAUGCCCAGGAUAGCAUUGUCAUUGGCGGAGACGGCUUCGGCGAUUUGUGA